CUCAUUCCAGUGGAAUGGAGGAGGGUAAGAUGGAUUAACGGAGAACUGUUCUACAGAAUUUAUUUCACAGAAUUAUUCAGUCAUCGACAAGUAAUUUUUUAACUUCGGUAAACACAUAAUUUCGGUUUACCGUGAGCAAUAAAUUGCUAAUGGACGAAAUGCAGAAAGGCGGCGCGCCGAAGGUAGAUAGGCGGAACCGUUCAAUGAAUGUUUCUGUUUUGCUCCCCCAAACUUGUCCUUGUAAUAGAGCUACAAUGAGACCAUCAUAGAUGAAUCGGUUCAGACAUUAUCAUGUAGUAAAACUCUGUUUGGCUAAUGACCUUCAAAAAUUUGGUUUUCAGCUGACACCUAUGCCACUAGGUUGACACUGCCUGGCGAGUUGGGCUUAUACAUCCCUUUACGUAAGGCCAAUGCGUCGUCGCGCGGAGGCGCGUUGUUAUAUUUAGCUUGGCCAGUAUUUGGCAGGGGGCACCCGCCCGCCUGGCAGCCUUACCACUUGCCUGCCCCAGGCCAGGGUAUCUUUAGUUGCAUCCCCGGAGCGUACGCGAGAGGUUCGAGUCUUACCAUGAUCUGGGCUGCCGUCACGAACCACGGUAACUCGACGGCUGCGGCAGCGCCAGCUGUGGCGGGUGCAGGUGUAGAGUCGGGCGGUCGCUGGGACGCGAGUGCUGGGGCGACAGGCGCGAGGCGACAUCGGUACGCCCGAUCUUCUACUGCCAGUAGUGUAACGCAGCUUCUGAGCGAGUCAUGUUCAAGUCUGCUUCAACGUUUGACGACGCGUGUACGCGGACCGUCGUCAACCGCAGACUGUCAGCCACAGCCUCAAUCACCCUCCAGUGUCACCACUCCUGGGACUUCGUCUGCUGCAGCUGCUACUACUACUACUGCUGCUGCUGCAGCUGCUACUUUCGGAUUAGGCACUACUCGGUCGCGUCUUGAAGACAAGUAUUCUGCAGUACUAAAGCAGCGUCGUCCAGAACGUGACAGAGAAAGAGUAAGGGAGAAGGAUGAGAGAGAUAAUGACAAAGAGAUCGAACGCCUUCCAUUAUUGCAGAAGAGUGCGACAAAUGUGCAGUUGUUAAGAGAUUCUCCCCCAGCCCUUGAAUUAAAUCAGCAUCGCCAUCAUGGCCACUCCCAUCACCACCAUCACCGUCACCACAGGCAUAAGUCCGAUCGUGGACCUGUCAGUGCAGCUGUGCCUUUGGCUUCAGAAUCGCGUACCCGCACCCGGACUCGAACUAGAACCCCACGCCGGGAGCGCUAUUUACCCUCUCGCCUUUGCCCUGUUGAAAUACCACUGUCUGUGGAUGAACCGUCAACCACUCCAGCUGAUGAUGAACGCCAAGCGAAGCGACAAGAGAUUCAAUCUCUCAUUCUGAAGUACUCUGCUUUGGAUGAAGCAUACUCGCGUCUCACCGAUUCAAAGCGUGUCAUACCUGAUCAGCAGCAGCCACGACAGCCUCAGCCACACCUGUCAUCGCUGCAGAAGCACAAGCACACUCUACAGCCGCAUAUUGCAGCACCCCUGCCGACUAGUUCUCGAGCACCCUCCGUGGAGGACGACGAAGAUGGCCACCUGAUAUAUCGCCAUGGCGACGUGCUCCGAGACCGAUAUAAAAUAUUGGCCACCUUAGGAGAAGGCACAUUUGGAAAAGUUGUCAAAGUGAAAGAUUUACAUACGUCCAGAAGACAUUUUCCAAGAAAUUUGAAAAUCCCACGUAGCAAUAGUCGCAACAGGGAUCAUGUAAUGGCACUCAAAAUAAUAAAGAAUGUUGAGAAAUACAGAGAAGCUGCAAAGCUGGAGAUAAAUGCCUUGGAAAAGAUUGCUGAGAGAGAUCCAGAUGGUGCACACCUGUGUGUGAAAAUGCUGGACUGGUUUGACUACCAUGGUCAUAUGUGCAUUGCCUUUGAAAUGCUGGGUCUAAGUGUGUUUGAUUUCUUGAAGGAUAAUAAUUAUCAGCCUUACCCAUUGGAAGCUGUCCGCCACAUUGCUUACCAGCUGUGUUACUCUGUGAAGUUCCUUCAUGACAACAAACUUACCCAUACUGAUCUCAAACCAGAGAAUAUUUUAUUUGUAGACUCAGAUUAUGACCUUUCAUACAACAGCAAAAAGAAGAGGGAUGUCAGACGUGUGAAGCGCACUGAUGUGAGGUUAAUAGACUUUGGCAGUGCGACAUUUGACCACGAACAUCACAGUACAAUUGUUUCAACACGACAUUAUCGUGCACCAGAAGUUAUUCUUGAACUUGGCUGGGCACAACCAUGUGAUGUUUGGUCCAUCGGGUGCAUAAUUUUCGAAUUGUAUCUGGGUAUAACACUAUUCCAGACACAUGAUAAUAGGGAGCAUUUAGCAAUGAUGGAACGAAUUCUUGGUCCUAUACCUUACAGAAUGGCACGGAAGACGAAGACGAAGUACUUUUAUCAUGGGAAAUUAGACUGGGAUGAAAAGAGUUCUGCUGGCCGCUACGUGAGGGAAAAUUGCAAGCCUCUACAUCGAUACCAACACAGUGAUGAUGAGGAUCAUCGGCAGUUAUUUGACUUGGUGUCUCGAAUGCUGGAGUAUGAACCCUCAGCACGCAUCACGUUAGCUGAAGCAAUGAGGCAUCCAUUCUUCGAUAAAAUUCCACCACAUCAGAGGCUUGGCAGUGACAGGCGUGGUGGAGGCAGUGCAUCUUCGGACCGGGACCGCGAGCGAAGCCACUCCCUCUCACGGUGAAGAGGCUAGCGCUGGGUAUGGGAGUCCGCGUUCUGGAACUCAUUGUACGAGUCGCAGUCGGGGAAGUUCACCUGGUGUAGCAACAUCGAGGUGUGCAUACGGUGAUUCGGACAAUUGAGUCAGACAUCCAGCUGCCAUUGUCUCCUUAUUUUGACUUUGGACAGCUGCAUUGUUCCUGAAAAGAAGUGACUUACUGCAAAAGAAGUGCUUCAGGUUCCCUGGAAGUGAAUUUUUCACUCUAAUGUAGUGCCUGAUAGGGACACUUUCCAUGUCACCCAUUAUUGUAUAUCUGUACAUACGUGUGUGUGUGUGUGUGUGUGUGUGUGUGUGUGUGUGUGUGUGUGUGUGUCCAUGCCAGAGGGCUGAUACAAAUGUCUUAGUAAAAGGACUGCUAAAACGUUAAGGACUUUUUAUGUAAAGUGUGUUUUACAUGUUCAAUUCAUAUUCAUUUGCUUCAUUGAUAGCAGUAUUGUAAAGAUCAUUUGCCUCAAACUGUGAAUAUUUGUAAAAUUUCGAAGUUAUCUUCAUAUUAUAAAAGAAAGAAAAUCCCAUUUUCAUGAUGGAUCAAUAUAAGUAAUAAAUAAUUUAUAUUUUUCAGACUUGGAGCAGUAUUUUUUUAGUGUAAUGUUUUUGUCCAGUUUUCUAAAAUUGUCUCAGAUUAUUUAGUUUAUUGCAGAUCACUUUCUUUUUUACUGGAGCAUUAAGCAUUUAUUGUCAUGGUCUGUGUCCACCUCAUUGUUGUAGAUUGAAUACUUUUACAUGUGAAAAUUUACUAUGGCAGUAAGAAAGUAAAUUAGUAAUUAGAAAUGAAUAUUCACUUGUAAUAUUCAUAUAAUGUUACAAACAUCUAAGAACCAUAUGUGGUUGUAAUGUCGUUUCGAGAUCCGAUAUGCUUGGGAUUAUAUCAAUCAUUAUUAUUUGUACACAAUUCUCUUAGUAAGAGGCCUUCAUAUGUAAUGAAAAAACUUCCAGUACUCGUUGUACCAAAUAUCCAAGCCCACAUUUGGAAUUUGGUCAUAUGUAAAUAGGAAUAAAAGAUAGUGUUAUUAAAGGCUA